AUGCGCUGGUUCCAGGCCCUGGAUGCCAUGGAAUUUGACGUAGCAAAAUCAGUCAACUCAGACGGAGACGGGAAAAAGAAGGACAUUGAGGGCUACGGUCUGGGCAAGCGCUUUUCUAGCCUGACUGGCGGUCUUGAGAAGCUGGUUAAUCUCCUGGAUGCUACAGCGGAAAACGACCAACCGAAGGCAGAACUUCUGCUCGACAGUAUGGUGAAGCAGCAUGUCCUCGAUAUGCCUCUGGUAGUAGGCAAUCCGGAACGCAUCCGUGAACUCUACAGGAGCACAGUCCUUUCGGAUCCCAUGCUGUACAAAAUGGUGAUGCGUCGACGCGAUAUUCUACCUCAGGACCUACAAAACUUUGUAAACAAAAUUCUCGAAAUCACUGAGUCCUCAAACGAAAUGCUUGCCGCCCUUCUGCCCUCUGCAGGUCAUCGAAAGUUGAUCACCGACGCGGCGAAGGAAAUGUUCGCUUCCGGAUUCCUCUCCGGCGGACCCAAAUGUCCAUUCGAGAAUCCUGCAACAAAGAAACACAUAGUACCAGUAGUUCUCGACUCUACAAUGAGUGAUGAUGAUACCGAAAAGAUACCGCCUUCUGAGGUUGAAUCUGAGAAGAAGGAGGAGGAAGCGGGGGAGACCUCGAGAAUCAUGAAUUAUACUAACGAUGUGGACUACGAGAAGGCCUUCUACACCUCUAUCCGAAAUCCUAGCCGGGACAUUUUGGAAGAGGUGGCUUACUUCCUGCCGGAGUUUGCCUUUCACAUCAGACCCCUGUUCGAACUGAAGUGGGAGAAGAUCGGCACUGAUACCUAUCCGGAGACUCUUUUACCCGAACUGGCAAAACUUCGUGAUCUGCGUCACACCCGGUUGAACAUCAUGAAAUCUGGAGGGUUACUGAGCGCCAAAGAAGAGGAGAAGGACGCGGAGACCACCAGGAAACUGUGCAAAAAUCUAGUGGCGCGACUGUGUGGGCUCCUACGUGGGCCAGCGGGUAUGUUGCCUGGAAGUGGUUGCUGGAUGGCCUUGCUGGCAACACUGCAUGGCAUUAUGAUGUGGCCACCAUUAGGAGACUGUCUAGUACGCAAAAUGAACUACUGGCUGCCUGUGCUUCUCCUAACCCUCUUUAAUCGCUAUCCCUCCGUACGGGAGGAGGGCUGCUGUGUACUGGCCUUCCUGGUCUCCUGUUAUCCUCUCUUCACACGCCUCCACUACCACUCGCGGCAACUCCUGGUGUCCAACGUUACCUUCGCCCUGCUGGAUGCCAUGGACAAGAAUAAGGAAUCUUACGCCUACUUCCAUGGUGUUCUGGGCUACAUGCUGCACUCAAUCCCCUGUUGUGCGCCCAUGGAAUGUAUCGUGCUCUGGGCGCCAGAGGUCAUGAAGCGGAAAAAUAGUCUGGUCGCGCGGGACUGGCCCCGAUUCAUCUACUACAUGGCCAAGCAGUGGCCGACACACUGUCUCCGACGGAGUGUUAUUGUCCAGCGCCGACUUCUGCGCGUAUUGGAGUUGGGCCUCAGCAAACAGCGAUCAAAAUACAGUGCUCGUCUCGCGCUCGGUUAUUACCAGCGCCGGACGAGGGAGUUAAGCUUUGUGGCCACUUGUUGGCGGUCCAUGGGAGAGAGUUAAGUUACCGGGUGAUCCCACUCCCUGUCUCUCCUUUUAAAUAAAAACGGACAAGGUAACCACCCUGUGGAUGUGAAGUUGAACCCUGUAACGAUCACGCACACAUAUGUACGGUAAGCGGCUGAAACUCGAUUUCAGCGUCCCUUCUUACUGUGAUUGGUUAAAAAGCGUGUGUAUGUAACCGUAUACAAAAAACGCAAUCGAUACAAUUUGUCUUGUGACUUCUCUGUAAAUGCACCUAGGGGCCGGUAGAAUAAACCUGUUUAACUUUUCUGUCACCAUUAAGCCAAUCAGAAUCGCAUUCUUGUUUGGCGAGCGUAAGAUUUAAGUCUGCGUGUGGGUCAGCGACCACUGGUCACUGAGAUAUAUAGGAUUGUUCAUUACUGGCUGAGAUUCCUAAUAUCUGAAGGAUGUUAUGCUGUAUUCAGAAAAACCAAGUAAUUUAAAUUACUGAUCAUUUUCUGGCACACCCAAUCGUUCCGUUUUUAGUGGUAACUACAACGAUAAUUACUUCAAAGGAUGGGCUUCUAAACGCGCGAAAAGGAUUUGAAUGCGAUAACCGGGAAACGGCAGUCUUGAGCCCUAAGGAAAAUUUAAAAAAAGAUAGACGCACUUGACAGAUUUAAACAAAUCAUGUGACCCAACUGUGAAAAACUAAGCGACCUCGGUGGGCUGUGAGCCUACGGCAGCAAGGAAAAGGCUUGAGUACAGCCAAUGCUCUAGCCACCAUAGGCGCGGGGUUCCCAUCGACAGCCGUGAGAUUGAUCACAUUUGGGUCAAUUUACCCGUCCAGCCUACAGGGACGUAUGGGAUCCACCAAUCCUAGAACAGGAAACCGACUACCGAAGCAAAAUUGGCGGGAAUACAGUGUCGCAACGAAUAGUCAAACCCUUGCCCUAACCAUAACCACAACCGUAUCCUCAAGCCUGAACAUCAACCUUAAUCCUAGCUACUACGCAUUUUUUUCGAAGUGCUUUACACUCAGAUUUCCUGUGUGACGAGGAAAGUGUCAUCUCAAACCCCACCCGCCUUUAAUUUCGCAGCUACGUGGGGAGGGGGAGCGAAGCGAAAAAUGGAUCCGUGGAAUGAUAGAAACCCCGGUCUGCAGUGAAAACUUAGUGGACCAGACUAGCGAUUUUCAGGUCUCUAUCAGUCGCCUCAGGGUCAACAGUGCUGAUUGCUGAUUGGUCAAAAUGUCGCCUAAACAUUGACUGUUGUGUUGGGCUCCUUCAGGAUUUCAAACUCUUAAACAAACAUGCAGUCCCAGCUCUCGGUGUGAUUUUUUACACUUGCUACGCAGGCCCAUCAUUAAAUAAAUGACCGAUUGAAGAGGAACUGCAGUGAGAGCUUAAUGAGUUAGAAGAAGAUGAAGAAGAAGAACAAGAAGAGGAAGAAGAAGAAGAAGAAGAAGAAGAAGAAGGAGAAGAAGAAGAAGAAGAAGAAGGAGAAGAAGAAGAAGAAGAAGAAGAAGAAGAGGAGGAGGAGGAGGAGGAGGAGGAGGAGGAAGAAGAAGAAGAAGAAGAAGAGUAUGACUGA